UUAUGAUUUAGUGGCAAGGAAAGGUUUCAAAAUCAACUCUCACCCAGAGAUGGCUACUUCCCAUGUUGGUCUCCAUGCAACCAGCCACCUAUUCUGUUAUGCAAGGGGAAUCGUUUUCUUUCUUAUGAUUACUUUUGUAAACCCACUUUCAUUUCAUUACCAAGGGUUUGAGUAUAAUGAUGCCAGGAUUGAAGGUGAUGCUACUUUGUCACAUUCAGAAAUUCAACUUACUGCAACCACAAGGUACCAAAGCAAUGCUUACAGUGUUGGGAGAGUCACAAGUUUUAAGUUAUUGCAACUGUGGGACAUGAGCUCAGGAAAACUCACCGACUUCACUACCGAAUUUUCAUUUGUCAUUUACUCAAACGAGACUAGUUUUGGAGAUGGCUUCGCUUUUUUCUUUGCAGAUCCAAAGCUUCCACUUUCAAAUCAAAUACAACAAGGAGGUGGUCUUGGUCUUGUGGAUGGUAACCGAUUAUUAAAGCCAACUAAAUAUCCAUUUGUAGCAGUGGAGUUUGACACACACCAAAAUUCCUGGGAUCCACCUGGCACUCAUGUAGGUAUAAAUUUCAACUCUAUGAGAUCUAACAUAACUGUUCCAUGGUCCAUUGAUAUUAGGCAAAUGAAAGUUUAUUAUUGUGCAAUUGAGUACAAUGCAAGUACACAUAAUUUAAAUGUUUCUUUCACUGGAAACCAAAUCAAUGGCAAGCCAAUAAAAAGUUAUAUCUCAUGCAAUGUUAAUUUGAGAGAUUACCUACCAGAGAGGGUUAUUUUUGGCUUCUCAGCUGCUACAGGAUUUAUGUUUGAGAUGAACACAUUGUUGUCAUGGUCAUUCCGUUCAAGUUUACCAAGUGAUGAGAAGGUGUCAAAUCAAAUACCUCCAAUGGCAGCCCCACCAAUCCAAAAUCCUUCUCCUUCACCAUUUCCCACUGCUAAUAUUAGCCCUAAACAAGAGGGCAACAAAGGUUUAUUGAAGGGGAUAGAAGCAGGUAUAGGUAUAGCUGCAAGUUUCCUUAUUUUAGGGUUGGUUUGUAUUUUUAUUUGGAAGAGGGCUAAAUUGAAAAAAGAAGAUUCAGUUUUUGAUCUGAGCAUGGAUGAUGAAUUCCAAAAGGGCAUUGGACCCAAAAGAUUUUGCUAUAAAGAAUUGGCAAGUGCAACAAAUAACUUUGCAGAGGCCCAAAAGAUUGGACAAGGUGGUUUUGGUGGUGUUUAUAAAGGCUAUUUGAAAAAGCUAAACUCCAAUGUUGCUAUAAAGAGGAUAUCAAGAGAAUCUAGGCAAGGUAUAAAGGAAUAUGCAGCUGAAGUUAAGAUCAUCAGCCAACUGAGGCAUAGGAAUUUAGUACAACUAAUUGGUUGGUGCCACAUGAAGAAAGAUCUCCUCCUUAUAUAUGAGUUCAUGCAAAAUGGUAGCUUAGAUUCCCACCUAUAUCGUGGAAAAAGCAUCUUGACAUGGCAGAUGAGGUACAACAUUGCUAUGGACUUGGCUUUGGCAGUGUUGUACCUUCAUGAAGAAUGGGAGCAGUGUGUUCUUCAUAGGGACAUUAAAUCCAGCAAUGUUAUGUUAGACUUAAGUUUCAAUGCUAAGCUUGGGGAUUUUGGCUUAGCUAGGCUGGUUGACCAUGAGAAAGGAUCACAAACCACAAUUUUAGCAGGUACCGUGGGCUACAUAGCCCCUGAAUAUUGCACUACAGGGAAGGCUAGGAAGGAAUCUGAUAUAUACAGUUUUGGGGUUGUUUUGUUGGAGUUAGCCAGUGGAAGAAAACCAAUUGACCUUAAUGCCAAGGAAGGUCAAAUAACCAUAUUUGAGUGGGUUUGGGAGCUCUAUAGAUUGGGAAAGUUACUUGAAGUAGUAGACUCAAAGCUUGGGGGAGCAUUUGAUGAGGAGCAAAUGGAACAUUUAGUGAUUGUUGGCCUUUGGUGUGCCAAUCCAGAUUAUACUUCCAGGCCAUCUGUAAGGCAAGUGAUUCAAGUGCUUACGUUUGAAGCUCCUUUACCAGUUCUCCCACAGAAAAUGCCUGAGCCAUAUCACCAUUCUCCAACAAUGAGUACUAUUUUUGCUUCAGUUUCUUCUCUCUCUCUGGCUACAUGUUAGAAUCAAAUACAAUGUGUCCAAUAGGGGGAAUUUGAUGUACAUAGUUUUACUGGAAAGUCCAUGUUUCUUAAGUUUGGUGGUGACAUCUGGCAUUCUAAUGCAGCAUAGGUUACAGACUAUUGGCGAGUCAUUAUCUAAUGGGAAACUGUGAAAUUUCCUUUUUACAGUUGUGAGUAAAGUUCAUUUAAACUCUAUGUAAUUUGUAUGUGCGUGUGUGCACUUGUGUUCUUGUGAUAUCGUACGUUUGUAAAUUUGUGAUAUAGAAACAGAGAAAAUGAAAGAAAUAAAGAGCAGAAAGUGGAAAAGAGAAAGGCAUAGAAUCAAGUAUAUUAGUCUCUCUUAUACGUGA